GUACCGGAUGUGUAGUGUGUAACACGACUCGGUGAUAAAUGUGUUUUUAGUGUGUUGUACAUCGUUAGACCGUCAACACAAAUACACAACAACACAGCAUCAUGUUUGUUGUAUUAGUGUUGUCGUUAGUUUUUCUCGCUGGGCCUGAGAAAGCCGCAUCGACGUGUACUCUACAGAUAGGGGACAAUGGCAGUUACAACUUGUCCGCUACUGAUGGUACCAUCUGGCUAACCAGUGGUCCCUACGCUUUCAACUCUAAUGGCAAGUGGCGGUCUACAGCAGACGGCUCUUUGACCGUCAGCAACAAGACGGAUUCUGUGACAGGAAUUGAUGAGGUGGGCAACUAUGAAGAAAACGUCUGGAACCUGACGUCAUCGGAGGGUGUGACGAUGCAGGUGGUGCUGAGAGAUUACCUGGAUGCUGAGGUACCAGGUGUCAUGUUCAUACAGAGAUUCCCACAAGGUCUAGCGGGGUCAAGGACAGAGGUGAACCGAACCGUCUCUGGUUUCCCGUCGUUCCACAUGACCCAGCCUGACAGUCCAGUGGGAUACUUGUCGUUUGGUAGUCAGAUGUUUGGUGACCAGAGGAAGAAGUUCGGAAAAUGGGGGCCACAGGCAGAAGUCAACGAUGGCCUAGACGGGUCAGGGCCAUUGGCCCUGUUCGACAAAACUGGCCACGCGCUGGUCAUCUCGACCUACAACAAUUUCAUGGCGGCCUCCCUGUGGCAGGAUAAGGGCGCUGGGCUCCUGAACUGGGGCGUCAUGGGGGGCGUGGACUCGAUCCCCGCUGGGUUUGAACUCAAGACCUUUGCCUUUUGCUCGCAGGAUGGUGUUGGUGCGGCGUUCUCCGGGUGGGGUGACGUCAUGAAGCGUGUGUACAACAAAACCAAAGACGUCACAGACUACUACCAGAGCAACGACCUGUCACUGACACACCUCGGCUACUGGACUGACAACGGCGCCUACUACUACUACCACACUGAAGACAGCAAGGACUACGAGACAACCUUAUUGGAUGUUAAACACUACAGCAUUGAAAGCAAGAUUCCUUACAGAUACAUGCAACUGGAUUCAUGGUUCUACCCUAAAGACAACAUCAGCGCCGUCACAACAUGGGACGCAACUCCUCAAAUCUUCCCGAAAGGAAUCAAAGAAUUACAGGGUCAGCUCAUGUUACCGCUUGUGGCUCACAACAGAUACUGGUCAGUGAACACAACCUACGCCAAACAACGGGGAGGGGAUUUUGACUUCAUCGUGGACCCUAAGGCGUCUCUACCGGUCGAUGAGAAAUUUUGGGAGUUUCUCUUUGGUCAUGGAGCUUUGGAAUGGGGACUCUUCGUCUACGAGCAGGACUGGCUGAAUAUCCAGGUGUUGUUCACAGACUCGCUCCAGUCCAACCUGACCCUGGGUCGUCUCUGGUUAACCCAGAUGGGGUCAGCAGCCGACAGACACGGUCUGAAGAUCCAGUACUGCAUGGCCAUGCCUCGUCAUGCUCUACAGAGUCUGGAGAUUCCGGCAGUCACACAGGCCCGUGUCUCUAACGACUACCAUCUUCAACUUGACCAGUGGAAGAUUGGAGUGACCUCACACUUUGCUGACGCUAUGGGUGUGGCACCUUCUAAAGACACCUUCUGGACCACCGCUAGUCAGCCGGGGAACACCUACAAUAAACAAGAGUUGUAUCCCACACUCCAGACUGUUGUCUCUGUGUUGAGCAAAGGUCCAGUUGGUCCAGGUGAUAUGAUAGGUGGGACCAACCGUUCUGUCUUGAUGGGUUGCUGUAACGAAGAAGGCCUUAUACUGAAACCUACUAGUCCUGCUAAAGCGGUAGAUGAUGAAAUCUUAGAGAUGGCGUUUCAGGACGGACAGGGGGUGCAGGGGGAGGUGUGGACAACCUACUCCACCAUCAACGGGUUGCUGUACGGGGUGAUUCUCGCUGCCAACCUGACGGCUGACUACGUCAUCACACCACAGAAAGCUGGUUUUCUUUUGGACACUUUGCCAACGUUCCAGACUAGUGUGUUCUACCGGUUGAGCGGAAAUGACGUCACAACCGUCCCCUUCAACUCCACCGGUUCCUUUACAAUUAAAGUCAGCGACUGUUGGACCAACGGGGAGCCAUUUUGUUUGUUUUAUACGGCUCCGAUUUUAAGUUUUGGAUCUCGCAGCAUCGUGUUGCUAGGCGACCUGACCAAGUACGUGCCCAUGUCUGAGCUGAGGGUGGUGGCGGUCAAGCAAUCCUUGCUGGACUUCACAGUGGCCUUACGCGGACGGCCAGGGGAUAUGUUGCACUUUAGCUACAUGCUGGACGGCGUCAAGAAGGACAUCAACUAUACGGCCAACACCUUGGGCUGUGUGGAGUUCAGCAUUCUCUCUGACAACAACGGCACCAUACACAGUGACCUUGACUGUCGCUUUCAACCAAUGGGCAGCACCACAGCCCCACCUCCAAUGUCGUCAACCGUGCAACCGGUUACCAUAGUAACCGGCAAGUCCGUCCCGACGCCGGCCACGAUGAUCACCGGGAGAUCCGUCACCACACACAAAGGAAGCGGAAGUAGCAACCAAGUUUCGUUUUUGUGGGGAGUGUGCAGUGUAUUGUUUACAUUCACGUGUGUUUAUUUGGUGGAACAAGUCUAGAGAAUACGUUAGCGGUAUCUUGUUACAAAUACUCAUGUGUACAGUAAACAGCUGAUAACUUAAUUACUAAUGAAAGUAGAUGUCUUCUAUAUGUUGAGAUAUCUUUACUAAGAUCAGACGAAUAGACUUUGUUUUAAAACAUAAUUAUAAUUAUCAUCUUUCUAUACUUGUAAUACAGGCUUGAGUAAUAUUGUUCAGAUUUAAUUGUAAGUUUGUAUUUAAAGAACUGUUUUUGUCAUUGACAACAAAUCAUAUGCUAAUUAUUGUGCUGAUAAACAAAAUAUGCUAAUUUAUAUAUGGGAGUGCAAACAUAAAUUUACAUGUUUAUUUUUAGAACUUGUGCAAUAUUAAAUAAACAGUACGAAAAACGAUAGUGAAAAUGUAAAUGGCUUGUAUAUUUUUUUUUAUGCACUUUGAUAUUCAUUUUAAAAAAAAACAAAUACUUUGUUUUUUACGAUCAAAAUAUGUUUUAAUUUUCAUGUACUUUUGUAGUUAGCUAAACUUCUGUCGUAUUAUUUUUAGAAACUCUAAUACGUUUUUAUUGAUGAAACAUAGUGUAUUAAUAACAUUAAGUGCUUGCGUUUACAUUUUUAUACAAUCCUUAAAAGUGUACGUUGAGUGCUGUGUAAUUUGUUGUAAAUAAAAUUUUAGUCUCUUUUAAUUAGCACGGGUGAAGAUUGUUUCACAGACAUAUUAGUAUUGACUAGAAAAUAUUGUCUGAGGAAGUUUUGCAGAUUAUCCGAAGGAGUGUAAAGAGGGUGGUUGAUUAUUCAAGUGAAACGGAUUAGUAAAUGGAAAUCAAUGUUUUACACACUGACCAAGAAUAAUAGUAAUUCAGUCUAAAAUGUAAAAAGGUUGAAUAAAAAGUAUCACCAGUAAA